CGCACCUGCUAACGCUGCAUGGUUGACUAGUGUAUCUCGAAUAGCUAGAGCAACAUCACUCAUUACCAUCACAACACAUCAUAGGUCCAGCACGAUCGUGACAUCACAUAGCUAUGAGCUAUAUAAAUUGAUACAGCAAUGACUGUGAACAGCCAGAAUUAGAACCCAUUACUGCGGGACGAUCCGGUUGCACUCUGGUGUUACAACGACAAGGUGUUUCGACUUUGCAAAGUUUUGUAGGUGCACGCACUCCGAGAAAGAAAGGUUGAUACAAAUGGCUGACAAGACAGAGCAGGAUUACAAGACGGAAAUGGUGGCAUGUUUACCGGCUGUGCUACCACCAGACGGUGAAGCAGCAUUAGCGAUGGUUCAUCCAGAUAUUAUUGAUAAAAGUUACUGCUGUGGUCUAAGAUAUCCCGACCUGCUGAACGGAAUACGCGUACUGAGUCUUGGGUGUGGCUUUGUCAGGGACUGCUACGUUUUAAGCAAGCUGAUUGGUCAGGAAGGUUUGGUUGUGGGUGUGGACCCAAACGAUCACGUGAUAUCUUUCUGUGGAUCUUUUUUGAAAUAUCACCGCAAAACGUGUGGUUUCAGUGAAGAUAACAUCAGACUCGUUAAAUGUGAGCCGGAUGGACUCAUAGAGGCUGGGUUACAGAAGGACUACUUUGAUCUCAUUUGCUUCAACACAGUUCUUGGUCUUACGCAAAAGAAGCGAGAGAUUAUGAACCAACUUGGACUCGUUUUGAAGACUGGGGGUGAAGUCUUUUUCACAGAGAUGGUUGCAAGCUCCAGGAUCAAGGAAGAAGUCAAGAAGGAACAAUCAUUGUGGGGCGAAGGUCUCGCUGGAGCGUUUUACUUCGAGGAUCUUGUGACUAUGGCCCAAGAGUUUGGGUUCUCUACCCCUAGACUUGUCCAGUCUACCGAUAUGAGGAUCAAAGAGCCGGAACUGGAAAAUUUCAUCGGGGGAGUUAAGUUUUCCAUGGCAACCUAUCGAAUGUUUAAGCUGCCGCACGACAGAGUCGACCAGACAGCAGUCCUCGUGUACAACAACCCACAGAUGGACACAGAUUAUGUGAACGUUAUAAAGCUCGAUAGUCGUAACACAUUCCAGAAGGGAGCACCAGUUCAGGUAGAUGCAGAGACGGCGGCCAUUCUGCGCAUUUCAAGAUUCGCAAGUGUCUUCAAAACUACUCGUGAAAAAGAGGGUCAAGUUUCAGAGCCAUGUCCAACAAAUCCAUUUGUAGCAGAGUAGACAAGCGUGUAACAGAAAAAAGAAACGUGCGUCAUCUGCAUGUAAGAGACACUA